AUGUCCACAUCCACAUCCACCGUGAACCUGACCAACUACCCCCCACGCGACUUCAAAGGGUACGGCCGUGUGCCGCCCAACCCGAACUGGCCCAACGGCGCCAAGAUCGCGGUCAACUUUGUCAUCAACUACGAAGAAGGCGGCGAGAACACGCUCGACAACGGCGAUGCGCAGGGCGAGGCGAUGUUGCAGGAAGUCGGCCCCAAAAUUGGAUUGCAGGGCGAGCGCGAUAUUCCGAUGGAGACUCAGUUCGAGUACGGCUCGCGCCGCGGUAUGUGGCGCCUGCUCAACCUCUUCGAGAAGCACAACAUGGCCGUGACAAUCUACGCCGUCGGAAAAGCAUACGAGCAACAACCAGACAUCGCCGCGGCAUGCGAACAAGGCGGGCACGAAACAGCCUCGCACUGCUACCGCUGGAUCGACUACACGCUCAUGGACGCCGAGACGGAGGAGAAGCAUAUCAGACAGGCAGUCGAGUCGUUUAAGAAGACGAGUCCGACGGGCAAGGUCCCUGUCGGGUGGUACUACGGCCGCCCGUCCCCGCGCAGCCGCGCGCUCAUAUCCAAAGUGUACCGCGAGCUCGGUCUGGAGCUUUUGUACCAAGCUGAUACCUACGCCGACGACCUCCCAUACUACAUCCCCGACCCCAUCGCAGGCCCCUCCGAAGGCCUCCUAAUGAUGCCCUACAGCUACGACUGCAACGACUUCAAAUUCUUUGUCGCGCCAGGGUUCGGCUCCUCCAUGGCCUACUUCGAACACGCCAAGAACGGGUUCGAUACGCUGUAUGAGGAAGGCGAGAACGGGCAGCCGGCGUAUCUUACUGUUGCGCUGCAUGCGCGGGUUAUUGGACGGCCUGGGAGGUUUCAGGCUAUUAAGCAGUUUGUUGAGUAUGUGGCGCAGAAACCUGAUGUGUGGGUUGCUACCCGCGAGCAGAUUGCGAGGCAUUGGAAGGCGCAGUACCCGUAUCAACCUCCUAGCGCUGCCUAG